CGUUCCUAUCGCCUAGUAGACGGGACGGAUGGCGAAGAGGGUGUAGCUCUCUCUCGUUUGGAAAGGGUCUGUUGAGAGAUGAGCGGUCAGCAGUUUCCGAGGACUGGAGGUCUGUCUCCUGGACAAACAAAGCUCCCUGCAGAUAACACUGCUCAAGUACCAGGACCUCAGCCAAGUACAGCAGGGACUAAUGAGGGAAGCUGUGACUCAGACCGCUCUCCUCAGGACCCUGUGGCGCUGAGCGGGGCUGGAUCUGUGCAAGUUCGUGAGGAGAAGCAGGAUGCUGUGGUGGUUCGGCCCUAUCCGCAGGUUCAGGCUCAGGCUCACGGGCAGCCCUUGUCUGUGUCCCAGCACCUGCCCCUCCAGCCUGGCUCACCCAUCGCUGUAUCAUCAACAUCAGCUCACAUUUCCCAGGGAGUGCCCCUCACCCUCACAGAGACUUCUGUAAAGUUCCCAUCUGCUUCCAAGAUACCCAUGGCCAGUCGCCUCAUUGCUCCGGCACCAGCUUCCAGCCAAGGGCUUCUCACGGUGUCACCCAAGGUGCCGGGCCAUGUCACUGUGGAGAGCAACGUCCCAUCAGCACCGGCUAUUCCUGUGGCAGCAGUCUGUGGCCAACAGGGUCACCACCUGAUGGCGGCAAAUGUGCAGAUCAUUCGGAGCAGCACUCCUGCAUUGCAGAUGGGCUCUACCACACCCCCACCACACACCUUCCCCUCUCAUUUGCCCAGAGGAGCCGCCGCAGCAGCUGUAAUGUCCAGUUCCAAAGGACCAACUGUAUUGAGGCCGGCCUCUGGUCCAAGUACUGGUGCCAACCAGCCUGCUGUGCAGCACAUCCUACACCAGCCUCUCCAGUGUCGGCCUGCUAAUACCACCACCUCCCCAACAGUGCUCCCCACUGUGGUAGGCCCAGUGUCUGCUACCAGAGCCCCAUCCCCUGUCAUCACCACAGCUGCAACACAUUCCUUAGAGAGCGUGCAUGGGCGAUCAGGGCUUGCAGUUCACCCUCCCCCAGCAAAUGUUAGUGUUCAGCGGCCUCCAGUGUCUAGGGACAGCAACACACGCAUCACUCUGCCCUCCCAUCCUGCAGUUGGGGUGCAGAAGUCGCAGCACAGUAUGGCACAGAAGUCCAUCUUCAGCACAGUCUCUCCUGUGGCUGCAGCUACAGUAGCGCCGAUCUUGGCUACCAACACAGCGCCUUGUACCAGCGCAACUGGUUCUGUGACUCACACCCAGAUGAGUGCCAGUACUGCUGUCACCAUGACGAUGUCAUCUCAUUCCUCUCAUGCUGCCACUGUGACCAGCUCUGCCAUUCCAGUGGCAAAAGUGGUUCCUCAGCCCAUUGCCCACACCUCGCCACGCAUCCAGCCAGAUUACCCUGGCGAGAGGGGCAACCUCAUCCCUAUCUCUAGCCAUCGCUCUUCUCCAAAUUCCGUCACUAUGGAAGCCAGAAGUGACAACAGGCAAUCUGUGCCAGUGCAGUUCCAGUAUUUCUUGCCAACUUACCCUCCAUCUCCGUACCCACUGACACACACGUACACCCCCAUUACCAGCUCGGUUUCCACCAUUCGCCAGUAUCCAGUAACCCCUCAGGCUCCCAGUUCAGCUCUACCAGCUCAGGCUGGUGUUGGUGUGGCAUCCACAGUCCACCUGAACCCCAUGCAGCUGAUGACCGUCGACCGGAUUGGCUUGCAGUCUACUCAGAUCAGCACACAGGGCAUUCAGCCUGCACCCAUUGGAGCCCAGAGUAUUCAGCCAGCGCCACUUGGUGCACAAGGGCUGCACACGCCAGCACCAGGAAGCACACAGGGCAUUCAGCAGGCACCAGUCAGCUCUCAGCAGCCGCCACAGAUGGAUGCAAAGGCCUCGGCGGUAGUUCUGGCUGAGGGCUCCACUCUGGUUGCCAGCUCCAUCGGCAACACAUUCAGUGCCUCACAGACCGCUGCCACUGUAGGGCAAACGCACCCCCUAAGCAACAGUGGCAGCGCAACCACCGUAGUGUCUUCACCACGACCCAGCAUCCUCCGCAAGAAACCCACAAGUGAGGGGCCUACAGUAAGGAAAAACCUCAUCCUUUCCCAGUCCAGCGAGUCCACAAGCCCUAGAGUGGAUAGUAUUGUAAGAAGUGCUUCAGGAUCCCCACGGCCAGCAGGGGUGAAGCCAAAAGCAGACAUCCAUGGGGCCUUAACUACUGCUUCUGAAUCCGAGCCCAGCCAAGCCCAGGAGCUACAGCCUUCUGCGUCUCAGGCGGUCUCCACUCUGCUCACCACGGCUGUGCCCGUUGCUGUGCUUCCAGCCCUCCCCUCAGCCACAGCUGUCAACCCUCCCACUCCGGUGUCCACGGCCAACGUGGAUCUGCCUGCUGAGCCUUUGGCCAGUAGCACAGUGUCCUGCGCCAUCAGGACCUUCCCCUCAGAUAUUAAUGUGAAACAGGAAACAGAACCUGUCACCGCCUUACUUCCAGUGACCUCUGUCACACCUACAGCCUCCACUGUCUUCAACCCCUCUGGUGGUUCGCUUUGUGCUGCAACAGGGGAUGCGAUCCAAGGAGCUUCACCCAGGAAGAAGCCCCGCAAGCAGCAGCAUGUUAUAUCCACCGAGGAGAGCGAGAUGAUGGAAGCUGACAGCACUGAUGAGGAGAAGGCUCCAGUGAAACCUCUCUGCAGCAGAGCUGAGAAGCGAAAGUCCCCACCCAAAGAGUAUUACGAUGAAGAGGGAGUUCGCUAUGUGCCAGUGCGCCCACGCCCCCCAGUCACUCUGCUCCGACACUACCGCAACCCCUGGAAGGCUGCAUACCAUCACUUUCAGAGAUACGGUGACGUCAGGGUCAAAGAGGAGAAGAAAGGCACGCUCCAGGACAUGGCUAACCAAAGAGGGGUGGUGUGCAGGGCUCAGGGCUGGAAGAUUCACCUGUGUGCUGCACAGCUGCUGCAGCUGAGGAGCCUAGAGCACGAUGUGUACAGUCGACUUACCAGCCUGCAGGAGGGCCUUAUUCCAAAGAAGAGAGCAGGAGCUGACGAUGACCUUCAUAACAUCAGCGAGCUCAUACAAGGCAACAUGCAGCGAUGCAAGCUGGUGAUGGACCAAGUCUCAGAAGCCCGGGACAUUAUGAUGAAAGUGUUGGACCAUAAGGAGCGAGUCAUAAAGCUACUCAACAAGAAUGAUGGAGACAAGAACACAUCCAAGCAGAAGCGCAAGGAGAGAACCUAGAACGCGGUCUCUGCUGUCUGUUGCCGAUUGGGGCGGAUCUUUUGUCAUUUUCACAGCUUUGUCUGCUGUGCAGGGUCUCCCACGCUGCCUUGGACUCACAAUGAAACACUGAAUGAACAGCGAAAUGACUCUGGAGCCAGGAAGACCACAGUUAUACCUGAGACCGGUUUACCAAAUGCUGAGGCUUGACUUACAGAUUUAUGCCCAGGAGUCUGAGCUCUUUGUAAGUUUAGUGAAAAUUGCAUAAUUUCAUUGUUUUUAUGUAGUGUGCCUUGAAUCAGUUUUAUAGUGACAAUCAUUCCCAAUAUAUAACUUAAAGAGUUGGUUUUGGUCCUUGUUCUGGAACACAUCUGCUUUUCAGUUGAGCACAUUUGAAUAAUGUCUGGAAAUUGAGCUGUGUAUGCAAUGUUCCU